CAUAGAAUAUUAAAAAUUUGCAUGAUGUACAUUUUUUAGUUUAUCAUUUAUAAUUUUAUGUUGGUUUUAUAAAAUGGGUGUAAAAAAUCUUUGGUCACUAUUAACACCAGUGGCAGAAAAAAUUCCUCUUUGGGAGUUGCAUGGCAAGGCAAUAGGCAUUGAUUUAAGUGGAUGGGUCUGUGACAGUGAAAACUUCAAUCAAAACAAUAGCCAAAAAAACAUGUACUUAAGGAACUUAUUUUUUCGAACUUAUAAUUUGUUGCUAAUUGGUGUCAUACCUAUAUUUGUUUUGGAUGGAGAAGCACCACUUCUGAAAUAUGGUGCAAUAGAAAAACGUAUUGGUGGAAAUAAAGGAUCAAUGAAAACUCAUAUUGUUCGUAAACGACUAAAUUCAUUUCAAAAACAAUGUGAAUUGUUAUUGAAUAUCAUGGGAGUAACUUGUGUUUAUAGUCCUGGAGAAGCAGAACAGCUAUGUGCUAUACUUAAUAAAAAUGGGGUUGUGAGUGGAAUUGUGACUCAAGAUAGUGAUUGUUUUUUGUAUGGUGCUCGUGUUGUAUAUAGAAAUUUUAAUACAUCUGGAAAUGGGUCUGUUGAUGUUUAUUGCAUGGAAUCAAUUGAAAAAAAAUUAAACAUUGGACGUAACAAAAUGAUAGCUUUAUCAUUGCUAUGUGGUUGUGAUUAUGAUGAAAAAGGUGUUAAAGGUAUCGGAAAAGAGAUCGCAAUUAAGUUUCUUCAAUCAUUAGAUGAUGAUGUUGUCCUUGAUCGCUUGAGACAAUGGAAAAAUGAUACUGUUUUAAAUUCUGUUGUCAUGGAUAUUAAGUCACAGACUAAUGAAAUAAAGCUAGAGUUGAAAAUAAGAAAUAAAGCUAUGGAAAAUAAAAACUUUCCAUCUGAAGAAAUUAUUGAAGAAUUCUUAAAAGAACCAAAUUAUCCGAAAGUUUCUGCAAAAUGGAUUCUGCCAGAUAUUAAUGCUUUUAUUAAUUUUGCAUUAACCAAACUGUGUUGGGAAAGAGAGUACGCAAUAAAUAAAUUUUUGCCAUUACUUACUAGGUGGCAUUUAAUGUAUGAUGAUAAGUUCCAAGCAAAUAUUUUAAUGACUGAAAUUAUCAAAAAACGUGUUAAUAAAGGUAUAAAAUGUUAUGAAAUAAAAUGGAAUAAUUAUGAAAUAACAACUAUUGAACCUCAAAAAGCUGUUCAGAGAAGGUAUCUAAAUGAAGUUUCAAUUUUUGAAGACAUGCAUACUACGUCUUCUAAAAAAGUGAAGAAAAAAGUUACGAUCCAUGACAGGAAUCUAUCUGAUGUAACAAAUAAAUUGAGUUCAAUUAACAUUUCUACAAAACACGAAAAAUCUAAAAAAAUUAUUGAAGCAAAGAAUAAAAUCAAAGGUCCCUUGGAUCAAUUUAUAAUUAAAGAAAAAAUUAAUGACGAGAGUUUAACAUUAUCUGACUUUGAGUGUGAUUCUGUUGACUUGGAUUUAUCUAAUAUUAUAAAUGGAAUAAUAACUUAAAUUUUAUAUUUAUAUCUUAAGAAUUGUUUAUGUAU